UACGCCUAGCAGCAUGUGCACGAUGGGACUGCCUUGAUUCUCGGGGAAACAAGUUUUAGAGCAAGAAAACUAAAGCAACCCUUCGACUUUUCGAUAGACUUUUUGUACAAAAUCGAUCAUAUUGCUGUUGAAAUCUAGCUCCGAUAGCCCACAUCCACAAGAUGGCCGACAAACAGCGAGGCAAGAAGCGAUCCAAAGCCUUCUACAUCCAAAGCAGCUCAAACAAAAAGAUGCGUCGGGAUAAGUCCCUGGACGUUGGUAUGAGGGGCUUUCUACUGACUUGCAACCGCACAGAGCAACUCUGCGUCCGUGAGGGGUAUUCCCUGCUGGGGGAGUAUGCAGAUAAGCUGUACGGACCAGAGAAACUGGGAGAAGGCGGCUAUGCCAGCUCUGGAAGUGAAUCAGAGCCUGAAGAUAUCGAGGUAUCGCUGCGCAAGGAAGUGGCCCAGAUGAAACAGAAACAGGCCGAGAAAAAGACGAGGUUUGAAGCAAUCAACAGCGGCGCCAACAAUGUCAUCUUUAUAAGAACCAAGUUUAUACCAGAUCCGACUGAGUUAGUCCAGCACAUAUUGACAGAUAUAUCCACUACCCAGACCUGCAAAUCCUGCCACAUAAUGCGCAUGCUGCCAGUGAACGUCACGUGUCGCGCCACCAUCGAAGACAUCACAAAGCAUGCUCCAGAGUUUCUUUAUCCAUACUUCCACGCAGAUGGCGUCGAGCCGUCUACAUUUGCCGUCCGCAUCAAAAUCAGAAACAAUGCUUCCAUCAAGCGGGACGACGUCAUUAAACUGAUGGCUGCCAUGGUGACGAGUAAAGGCAUAAAGCACAAAGUGGAUCUUGACGACCCGGAAUUGUCCGUGGUCGUGGAGAUCAUCAAGAACGUGUGUUGCCUGAGUGUCUUGAGGGACUUCAACAAGUUGAAGCGGUACAACUUGCAGGAGAUAGUCGGGGACGGGGGUGCAGCACGGAAGAAUGACCCAGGCCGGAGUGCAAAGGGAACUCCCAAACCGGCAGAAACGAAUGACCUUUCUGGGGCUGCUCAGGAUCUAGAAAACAGUGGCGAAACUGAGAAUCGGACAGAAUCGGAAGGUACAGAUUUAGCCCAAAUUCAAAAGAAUUAGGUAUCUAAUUAUUUCUGAACAGUGUUUGUAUUAACAAGAGUCGACUGUACUUAUGUUCUAUCUUGGGAAGAAAAAGUCAUCAUUUUAAAGCCAAAGUUUCGAGUCUUUCCCUAAGGUUUAAAUAUUAAAUACAACUAAUUUUUGUCCCAAGGAGUGCCUCAUACACAUGACCUUACUUUUUAUUAUCAGUUUCAUAUAGUAAUUUGUAAGUCUGUUACAAAUAGAAAAAGACGAACAGUAUGUUGUACACAUUUGAUAUUAGUUCCAAUUACCGUUUAUUGACCAAGGACUAGAACAAAUAUUGUAAAACACAUCGCUAGUUUGGACAAAUUGUUACGGAUAUACUUGGCAUUUAUGUCUCGAUGUGACCACCAAACCUCACUAAAUACCUGUCAUUGCACAGCUUUGCAAAAAGUCAGUAAACAUUGGUUUGCCAAGUUAAUCCUGCAGUUUCUGAUAUGUUUCAUGCAGAACAAAGUCUUGUAACAUUGCUUAAUUGUAACAAAGUAUAAAAUAAUAUUGAUUUUUACAAAAUAAAAGCUCAAUAUUUUAAUACAAAACUCAAAGAUGCUCAAAUUUUGUUGUGGCGUGUUGUAAGUGUGCGUUCCAACAUAAAACAU